GUUACUUUGUAACACAGCAUUGGCGGAGAGCGCCGAUCGCGGCCGAGUCGGGUACAGGGCACACUAUGGCGGCCGUGGCAAAAUUUUCGCCGUCUGCGUGAGAGCGAUUUAUGCGUUGUCGGUACGGAGCGCGAGUCACGGUGUCGGUGAUCGGCGCGCGGCCGCCAACGCGUAAGCCGGGUCCUUCGGGCGAGCAAUCGUGCGACACAGCUCGUACACGUCCCGCGACAACCCGUCGGAGCGGCCCGAUGCGGGUCGCGCGCGCUCGUCGUAGGGCAAAUGAUGACUUCGAUGCUGCCCAGCUUUAACCCGCCUAUCGUCAAGCGGCUGCUGGGCUGGAAGAAGGCCGAGAGCGAGGACAAAUGGAGCGAGAAGGCCGUUAAGAGCCUGGUGAAGAAGCUGAAGAAGUCCGCGGGCCUCGAGGAGCUCGAAAAGGCCAUCACGACGCAGAGUUGCAACACCAAGUGCAUCACUAUACCAAGGCCUAGCCCGGGCGGUGUCGGUGACAACGGUGUCCAGGGUGUUCGCGGCAAGGGUCUGCCGCACGUGAUUUACUGCCGACUUUGGCGCUGGCCGGAUCUCCAGUCGCAUCACGAGCUGAGAGCGAUCGAGCACUGCGAGUACGCCUUCACGCAGAAGCGCGACGAGGUCUGCGUGAACCCUUACCACUAUCAACGAAUACAGCCGCCAGUUUUGCCGGCCAUUCUCGUGCCGCGGCACAACUUAGCCGGGGACGAGGCUGUCCUCUACAACACCUCUCUCGAGGAGCUCAGCGUCAGCGUGCCGGAGAACACGAGCUUUCACGCGACGCUCAAUCAUCAGCACCACAAUCAGCAGGGCAUACAGCAGUCCCCGCAGCAGCAACAGCAGCAACAGCAGCAGCAGCAACAACAGCAGCAGCAGCAGCAGCAGCAGCAGCAGCAGCAACAGCAGCAGCAGCAACCAAAUAAUCCGUACCAAGGAAUGCAGAGCAUGCAGGCGACGAGUCCGGCGAGUGUCGGGAGCCUAGGAAGCGUGCAGGGCUCGCCUCACCCCGCGCCGGGAUCCAUGGAUCCUCCAGCGGACACGCCGCCGCCAGGGUACAUCAGCGAGGACGGUGACAACAUGGACCAUAACGACAAUAUGUCUCUGUCGCGCUUGUCGCCCAGUCCCGUGGACGCGCAGCCGGUUAUGUAUUGCGAGCCCGCGUUUUGGUGUUCAAUUAGUUACUAUGAGCUAAAUACGAGGGUGGGCGAGACGUUUCACGCGUCGCAGCCGAGCAUUACCGUGGACGGCUUCACUGAUCCCAGCAACUCCGAGCGCUUCUGCCUCGGCUUACUAUCCAACGUGAAUCGCAACACGGUGGUCGAGCAGACCAGACGGCACAUCGGCAAAGGCGUUAGACUAUAUUACAUCGGCGGCGAGGUGUUCGCGGAGUGUCUGUCCGACUCGAGUAUCUUCGUGCAGAGUCCCAAUUGCAAUCAACGUUACGGAUGGCAUCCGGCUACGGUGUGUAAGAUACCGCCAGGAUGCAACCUAAAAAUCUUCAACAACCAGGAGUUCGCAGCGUUGCUGUCGCAGUCGGUGUCACAAGGCUUCGAGGCGGUGUACCAAUUGACGCGCAUGUGCACAAUUCGUAUGAGCUUCGUGAAGGGCUGGGGCGCGGAGUACCGCCGGCAGACCGUCACCUCGACCCCCUGCUGGAUCGAGCUGCAUUUAAACGGGCCGUUGCAGUGGCUCGACAGAGUACUCACGCAAAUGGGCUCGCCCCGUCUACCCUGUUCCUCGAUGUCCUAAGCCUUUGCAUCAUCCUCCAUCCGUUUGUGAGAGAACAAGUGAAUGUCCUUCAAGCGCUGUCUUUGUUGUCAUCGUCGUUGUCGUCGUCGUCGUCGU